AUGAAUGCUAAAAGUUCACCUGUUCGUGACUCUGAAAGUACGCAAGCAUGGCUGGUUGGCAGUGGCAUCGCUUCACUUACUGCUGCCGUUCAUCUUAUUCACGAUGCGGGGUUACCAGGAUGCAACAUAAAUAUUCUUAGCCACCAUGGCGAGACAGGAGGAGGAAUCAGGAGCUCUGGAGAUGCCAAUCACGGCUUCGUCCUGCACCCCGGAUGUUUACCAUACUUCAAUGAUGAAUCGGUAGAGAAUUUGUUGUCUCUGGUCCCGAGUGCUCGAGUUUCAGGUAAAUCUCUAUUGGACGCAGUCGGAGAUUUUGAAUUGAGUGAAAGAUUCUCGCUUGGAAUGAAAGCCCAGACUCGUUUUUUGAGAAACAAAGAAGGAAAGUGUGAGCGAUCCGGUGGUGCUCACCUCUCGAUCGGGCCGUAUAAUCGGCUUCAGCUCCUCAAAGUCCUGGUGGAAAGCGAAAAUUUGUUAGGACAUAAUCAGAUCCAGCACUUCUUCGGUAAUGACUUUUUCGCUACUGACUUCUGGGUCUUAUGGUCCACUACAUUUUCCUUGCGACCUUCGCACAGUGUCAUCGAAUUCCAAAGAUGUCUUCGCAAACAUCUUCCCAAUAUUCAUUCACUCAAUGAUGUCAGGACAUUGGAUCGCACUCGGUUUAAUCUAUACGAAUCUAUCAUCUUGCCAAUUUCGACAUACCUCAGAUCGAAAGGUGUUAAUUUUAAUUUUAAUGCAAAAGUUAUCGAUAUUCGAUUUGACAUGGACGACAAUUCAAGUGAACCAACCACUGUUACUGGUAUCGUUAUCCGCCAAAAUGAGAGAGAACGAAUUGUCAUUCUGAAUCCCAAUGAUGUUGCGAUUGUCACUAUUGGGUCACCCCACUCAGGCCACCAGGUGGGAAGCAACUUGGAUCCCCCCCUUCAGCCUUCUGUUCCAAAUGAUUUCAACUAUGAGGACUGGUCACUAUGGAUCCAUCUCGCGCAGAAGUCUACCAAGUUUGGUGUUCCUUUAAAUUUCAAUUCGCACCCUCAAGAGUCUACACUAGUUACAUUCACUGUAACACUGCAUGGCUCAGAGUUUAUGCGUCUCUAUCGCGUGCUGACCCAUGAUGUUCCUGGGUCUGGUGCGCUUCUUUCGUUCCCCGAUAGCAACUGGCUACUUAGUAUCAGUAUUCCUCACCAGCCAGUAUGUUCGACUCAGCCGCCAAAUACUCAUGUCAUCUGGGGAUAUGGGCUGCGGCCUGAGAAGAUUGGGAAUUUUGUUGACAAACCAAUGACCAAAUGCGCUGGAAGGGAUAUCAUGAUCGAGUUGCUCUCCCACCUGAAUUUUCCGAUCAAGAAUCUCCUUCCCAAGUCGAUUACCAUUCCUUGUUUUUUCCCCUUGGCAACUUCAGCAUUAUUGCCUAGGUAUCCAAAGAAUCGACCAGAGGUCAUACCGCCCGAAACUACCAACAUUGCACUUGUUGGUAUAUUUGCUGAGAUUCCACACGACCCAACCUUCAACUUGGAAUACAGUGUACGGGGAGCUCAGACCGCAGUCUACCAAUUAAUGGGGCUCCCAAAGUCACCGCCGAAAGCAAAGCAAAGUCUUCUCUUGGAUGUUUUUGAUUUGCUUGUAGAUAGCUAA